GCGGGGAAAGCGGAAAACCCCCACCCAUUUCCCCUCUCCACCGCGCUCGCAUUUCCCGCUCGGAAAUUCCCCCAAAUAAUUUCAUCUCCCUCCCAUUCCCCUCUCCGCUCCCCACCUCCCAGAGAACCCCGCUCCUCCCGCCCGGACGGAGCCACCUCGAGUCGAAUCCCGGCCACCGCGAUGCAGCCGCGGCGGCAGCAGCAGUCCAUCCGCUCCUUCCUCCACCCGCGCCCGAGCCCGGCGCAGGAGGCGUCCGGCGCCGGCACGACCCCCGAGAGGCCCCCGCGGUCCCCCGCCGCGUCGUCGGUCGACGGCAUCAUGGAGCGGCUCGUGCGUCCGCCGUCGCAGGGGAGAAACAAAGAUGCCACUCAGAUUAGAAAUGCUGAGAGAGCCUUACCUGGUAAAAAUGAAGAUACCUCAAAUGAGCAGCCAAGUGCAUCAUUCCCUGUACGGUACAACGGCAAAUAUAGCAGAGGAACUGUGUUAUUUGCAGAACAUAGCACAGAUACCACUCCGCCACAGGAGCCAUUGAAGUUCUCUGCAAGGUCUUCCACAGAUGAAUUUGUUAGAGCAAGCACGCUGUUCCCUGAAAUUGGUUCAGAUCAAACUCUGCUUCAGGAGUGUCCGAAGAAGUUAUCCUCAGAGUGCCCCAGCAACCAGUACGUUCAAGCUAAUUCAGUGUUUGAAGCAUUUGAUGUACAAACUCCAUCCCAGGAUCCGUUAAAGAGAAUCUUUUCUGGGCCUUUUCAUGGAGCAGAUACACCUUUAUCAGAGUAUCGUUCAUAUCCAAUUCCUUUGCAGCAUCCAUCGAAAAAGUUGUCAUCGGGCUCUUCUAGUGGUGAAUACCUUAGAGCAGUGACACCGCUUGGACUUGAUUCGAAUGAUACUCCUACAGCGAAACACUCAAAGAAGCUAUUCUCUGGGUCUUCAGACCAUUCAUACAUUAAAGCAACUAAUUUGUUUCCGGAAUUUGAUUCAAAUGGAACUCCGCUGCAGAACCACUCCAAUAAGUUCUCAGUAUCUAUGAACAGUAAGAAUAUUGGAGCACCUGCUACACUGUUUCCGGAACUUGAUUCUGUUCUUCUGAAACCAGAAACUCCAGUGACACAAGCAGUGGCUCCUCGUGGGAAGAGAGUUCAACAGGAUCAAUGCAUGACUGCCAAUAACUGUCAGUCUCCUUUGUGGGGUUCAAAUAAGAAGGUGAAAUCAGCUCAUUGUUCUCCAGCUGGGAAAAUGGUUCAUGAUGAAAUGGCUGAAAGUGCACGUAGUAAAUUUGAAUGGCUGAAUCCUUUGAAUAUCAGGGAUGCAAAUAAAAGGCGGCCAGAUGACCCACUUUAUGACAAGAGAACUCUUUUUAUUCCACCUGAUGCACUGAGAAAGAUGUCAACAUCUCAAAAGCAAUACUGGACUAUUAAGUGUAAAUAUAUGGAUGUUCUCCUCUUCUUCAAAGUGGGGAAGUUUUAUGAGCUCUAUGAAGUAGAUGCUGAGAUCGGCCAAAAGGAACUUGAUUGGAAAAUGACUAUUAGUGGGGUGGGAAAAUGCCGACAGGUUGGUAUUUCAGAGAGUGGGAUUGACAAUGCUGUUGAAAAGCUUUUAGCUCGGGGAUAUAAAGUUGGAAGGAUAGAACAAAUGGAAUCUGCAGCACAGGCGAAAGCUAGAGGACCAAAUUCAGUUAUUGAAAGAAAGUUAGCUCAUGUAUCCACACCGUCAACUGCAGCUGACAGCAACAUAGGGCCUGAUGCUGUUCAUCUUCUUGCAUUGAAAGAGGUUACUCUAGCUUCUAAUGGUUCUCGGGUCUACGGAUUUGCUUUUCUAGAUUAUGCUGCACUUAAAAUCUGGGUUGGUUCACUUCAAGAUGAUGAUUCUUCUGCAGCUUUGGGGGCUUUGCUGGUGCAGGUUUCCCCGAGGGAGAUAAUCUAUGAAUCCUCAGGCCUCUCAAGAGAAAGUCGUAAAUCAAUGAUAAAAUAUGCCUCAGCAGGCUCUGUGAAAAUGCAACUGACCCCACUACCUGGGACAGAUUUCUCUGAUGCCUCACAAAUUCAAAUGCUAGUACAUUCUAAAGGAUACUUUAAAGCAUCAACAGAUUCUUGGCUAUCUGCAUUGGAUUAUUCAGUGAAUCGAGAUGCAGUUAUCUGUGCACUUGGUGGACUUAUUGGUCAUUUGACUAGACUUAUGCUAGACGAUGCUCUAAAAAAUGGGGAAGUCUUACCUUACAAUGUGUACCAAACUUGUUUAAGGAUGGAUGGUCAGACUCUUGUGAACCUGGAGAUUUUCGGCAAUAACUUUGAUGGUGGCUCAUCAGGUACUCUGUACAAGCACCUCAAUCACUGCAUAACCGCAUCUGGUAAGCGGCUUUUAAGAAGAUGGAUAUGCCAUCCACUAAAAGAUGUCGAUGCUAUAAAUAGAAGGCUUGAUAUUGUUGAGGGUUUCAUUCAACAUUGUGGGGUAGGCUCUGUUACACUUGAGCAUCUCCGGAAAAUUCCUGACCUUGAGAGGUUACUUGGGCGAGUCAGAUCUACUGUUGGGCUAACAUCUGCUGUCCUGUUGCCUUUUGUUGGUGAAAAGAUAUUAAAGAGGCGGAUUAAAACGUUUUGCAUGCUUAUCAAGGGCCUCCGGGUUGCAAUUGACUUAUUAAGUGCCUUGCGUAGAGAGGACCAUGGCAUUCCAGCGCUGUCAAAAUCAGUUGAUAUUCCAACCCUGAGUUCUCUUGAUGAAUCAGUCCAUCAGUUUGAAGAGGCUAUACGCAUUGACUUUGAACAGUACCAGGAUCAUGAUAUCAAAGACCAUGAUGCUACCACCUUGGCUAAUUUAGUGGAACAUUUUGUUGGAAAAGCUACCGAAUGGUCUUUGGUAAUCAAUGCCAUCAGCACUGUUGAUGUCCUUAGGUCCUUUGCAGCAAUGGCAUUGUCAUCAUUUGGCACCAUGUGCAGACCACGUAUUCUGUUGAAAGACAAAUCGCCUAUACUUCGGAUGAAGGGUCUAUGGCAUCCAUAUGCUUUUGCAGAAAGUGGAACUGGGCUUGUGCCAAACGAUUUGUCUCUUGGCCAGGAUUUAUUGGGUCAUAAUCGCUUUGCAUUGUUGUUGACUGGUCCAAAUAUGGGAGGAAAAUCUACAAUAAUGCGCGCCACCUGCUUGGCUAUCGUGCUUGCCCAGCUUGGCUGUUAUGUCCCCUGCAUAUCAUGUGAAUUGACCCUUGCAGACUCCAUCUUUACACGGCUAGGCGCAACGGAUCGGAUUAUGUCUGGAGAAAGUACUUUUCUUGUCGAAUGUAGUGAGACUGCAUCUGUUCUUCAGAAUGCAACUGAGGAUUCUCUUGUCUUGCUUGAUGAACUUGGCAGAGGAACUAGCACAUUUGAUGGAUACGCGAUUGCAUAUGCAGUAUUCCGCCACCUGGUGGAACAGGUGCGAUGCCGUCUGCUCUUUGCCACCCACUACCACCCUCUCACCAAGGAGUUCGCCUCCCACCCCCACGUGAGCCUCCAGCACAUGGCCUGCAUGCUGAGGCCAAGGAGCGGCGGCAACGGCGAGAUGGAGCUCACCUUCCUCUACCGUCUUGUGUCAGGCGCCUCUCCGGAGAGCUACGGCCUGCAGGUCGCCACGAUGGCGGGGAUCCCAAAGUCCAUAGUGGAGAAGGCGGCGGUCGCGGGCGAGAUGAUGAAGUCGAGGAUCGCAGGGAACUUCAGGUCGAGCGAAGGGCGAGCGGAGUUCUCCACCCUCCACGAGGACUGGCUGCAGACGAUCCUGGCGAUCGGCGGCGUCAAGGACGCGCACCUGGACGAGGACACCAUGGACACGAUGUUCUGCGUCGCCCAGGAGCUCAAGUCUCAUUUCAGGAAAGGAGGAAGCUGAGCGCUGAGAAGUCGCCACCGGUAAUUAUGCGUGGCACCAUUAGAUGUAGGUAGUCUGAAGGAGGAAGAUGAGCACCGAGAAAGUCGCCGCUCACCAUUAAUCAUCAGUGUUUUAAUCCGUCCCAGUCGACGGCUUUGUAUAUAUUUACCUCGCGUUUGUAAUCACGCAAGCGCACCUGGGCCUGAGUUCAUCUGAACUGUCAAAAACUUCAUCUCGUAGUUUGUAAUCACAUGCACAUUCCUAGUGAUUAGUCGAGAGUUUUGACAA